CUAUAUAGUGUAUAUUUAAUGUAGCUGAUAGGUGUGUUUAUUUCAAUCUUGUGAAACCAAAGCAUUUAUGCGUGAAAAAUAUUGAAAAGAGCACAUGUAUUUCAAUCUUUGGUCACUCCGCGGCGCUAAAGCACAGAAAACACCAGCUGGCUAUCAGGCUCCUGCUGCUGGAGUGUACAGUACAGUGUCCUUCCCUGCACACUGAAACACGUCUUGUAUAGUCGCUGUCUGUUUUGUUUGAUAAAUAUGUCUACUACCACCGGCGGCGGAGAGUUCGGCAAUCCUCUGCGAAAGUUCAAGCUCGUUUUUUUAGGCGAGCAGAGCGUUGGGAAGACUUCUCUAAUCACCAGGUUUAUGUACGACAGCUUUGAUAACACCUACCAGGCAACAAUUGGCAUUGACUUCCUAUCAAAAACCAUGUACCUAGAAGAUCGUACGGUUCGGCUGCAGCUGUGGGACACUGCAGGGCAGGAGCGCUUUCGUAGCCUCAUCCCCAGCUACAUCCGUGACUCCACUAUCGCUGUAGUGGUGUAUGACAUCACCAAUCUUAACUCCUUCCAGCAAACCUCAAAAUGGAUAGAUGAUGUCAGAACGGAGAGAGGAAGUGAUGUCAUUAUCAUGCUGGUUGGCAACAAAACAGACUUGGCGGAUAAAAGACAGAUCACCACGGAGGAGGGCGAGCAGAGGGCUAAGGAACUGAAUGUCAUGUUCAUUGAAACCAGUGCAAAAACUGGCUACAAUGUCAAACAGCUUUUUAGACGUGUUGCUGCAGCCUUGCCUGGAAUGGAUAGCGCACCAGAGAAAAGCAAGGAGGACAUGAUUGACAUCAAACUGGAGAAAUCUCCAGAACUGCCGGUGACUGAGAGCAGCUGCUCAUGCUAGUAACAGCUCCAGACUCACACCAGCUCGGCCUCCUCCCCACCAACAGCUUGUCUCUCAGUGGCCCUGUGCCAUUAGUCAGAGCCUUUUAUUUCCCCUUGACUCAGUGACUUUUCGGAGUAACCGUGUGGAUGUGCUAUUAUUCUGUAUUAAAACAGAUUAUCGAAAAUAUAUAUAUGUUAAAGGAAAAACAGUAAAGAAAUUUAAGCAUAGGUUAUACCCUCAUUGGAUUCAUAUCUAUCCUGACUGCAUGGCAUUGUGUAUGAUUGCAGACUGAUACGGCUCACUUGCUCUUGCACUUUUUUUUGAGCAUCAGUGCCGUCACGCUCAUUGUCAUUUUGUUUCAGAUUAUUUGACUCGAUUACGUUGGACCAAGCUCCUCAUCUCAUAAUGCCUUGCUAUUUCAUUUCAGUGAACAGAAGGGCAAAGGCAAACUAAAUCGCAUUAUCUAUUGAUGAACUGUAAGCGCACGUUACUGAUGAUUUAUUUUAUUUUGUUUACAAUUAUAGAUUUGACAAUGUUUUUGUUUUUCAUAAGACAGCAGUAGGGCCACUUUUGACUAGGAUAUUGAGGGACCAGUUCUAGCUCUAGAUGAUUGAGGUUAAGAAGUAUCAUAAUAUGUUGAAAAAAAUGAACACGCCUAAACAAACUGAAUACAACAAAACUGUAAUUAAAUCUUAAUACAUUUGUUGUUAGGGAUCAGUACAAUUAGAGUCUUUUGUUUCAGCGCAUAGGUGUUGGCCAAAGAAGACUUGAUAUAAAUAGGAUCAUUUUAGACAUACCUCUGUGUGCUGGUCAGACUCUUUAUCUCUUUUUCACCCUUUUUACACACCUCAUUGGUAAAUUGCAUGGAAUUUAAAUGCACCUAUUGUUGUGGACAAUAGUUGUGGAUAUACAUUCAGAAGAUAUUCUAGAUACUUCUUUAAACAUGCACCCUAUAUUAUAACUACCCAUAAACUGUAAUUAUGAAACCUAAUUAACUGUAAUUAAUAAAUACCUAGAUGGUUUCAUGGAAGCAAGGACAUGAAUUACACACUAGUCGGUGAACUGAAUUUCAGCAGCUGCAUCUGGUGUCUGUGCUCGCUGCACUCUUUUCGCCUUGUGUUCAGUAAACCAUUGCAGGAUCAGCACGCUCUCGAAGGGUGGUUUCAACAGCGUGAAAAAAAAACCCCACCAAAUCACAACAGUGGUUUAGAGAGGCCUGCUGAUUUGCAUAAAGCCGCAGAGGUUUCUGUCGAGUAAAUGGAGUUCUUCCCCGUAUGCACAGCUUUUGCUUAGUGUAGAGAAACAUCUUGAAGAGUUUAACCAUGUGUUGCUAAUGCUCGUUUUAAGACUGUUGGUUUUAUAUGUUAAUUUAUUUAUCUCACUAAGAACAGAAAAUGUGUUGUGUGCUUGGCCUAAAUGGCAGUUAUUAAACACUUGGGAAACAGUCAGUUGAUUUUAUGGCUUGCAUUUCUGCUUUGGCUACUGUAUCACAGAGACCUGGUUGUUCUUUCUCUCCUCACUAUGCUCAUUUUCUCUCCGUUCUAUGCUCUGUGUGUGUGUGUGUGUGUGUAGUUUUAAGGAUCUGGCCAGACUGGAUCUAUAGUUGUGUACAUGCACUUAAAUGUACAUUCUUUGACAGCACCACUACACAGGCAAGCUUGUUUUGAAAUAUUAGCAUUUGACAUUGUUUCGAUAUGUAAGUAUUUAAUUACAAGAAACAUCUCUCCUGAACAGCUGUCCACUUCUUGUCACUGAUUGAAUACUCCGCUGUGUGCUAUUCUGAAGUGUGUUUGUCUAUUUGAAAUAUGCUGUCUUACUAGUGUUUAGCAAAAAUUUAUGUGGAAAAAUGCAUUAUCUGCUGUAAAAAAAAAAAAAAUAAAUAAAAUAAAAAAAAGAGGGAGAGAAAAAGUUAAAGAAACACUGAAGUGUAUCACAUGAAAUAAAGAUAUUUCACCAAGCG